CCGCGAGGAGGCGGGCAUAGCGGGGCUGUCAGUCAAAGUCGAGACCGCUACAGAUCCAGUCCGUCCGAUUCCGACUGGUCGUCCGACUGGUCGCGCCGUUCACGACAAACGCGCAGCCCCGCACACCGGCCCAAGUGUACGAGGAUGUCUCGCGAGCAGCAGGCGGUGGCGGGCGCCAGGCGGGCCUUCCAGACGGGCCGCUCCAGAUGUCUGGAGCACCGCGUCCGGCAGCUGAAGAACCUCCAGCGCCUCCUAACCGAGUGCCGCGGCGACAUCGCCGGCGCCAUGAAGAAGGACCUCCGCAAGAGCGAGGUGGUGGUCCAGAUGUACGAGACGCUGGGCCUGGAGGAGGAGAUCGCCCUGGCCGUCCGCAAGCUGAAGGAGUGGGCGGCGCCGCGGCCGGUGGAGAAGAACCUGCUGACCGUGUCGGACGCGGUCUACGUUCAGGCCGAGCCCCUGGGCGUGGUCCUGAUCAUCGGGGCCUGGAACUACCCGUGGGCCGUCACCCUGCAGCCGCUCAUCGGCGCCAUCGCCGCCGGUAACGCCGCGGUGAUCAAGCCGUCCGAGGUUUGCGUGCACACGGCCAAGUUGAUGGACGAGCUGCUGCCGCUCUACCUGGACACAGAGCUCUACCCGGUGGUGACGGGCGGCGUGCCCGAGACGCAGGAGCUGCUGCGCCAAAGGUUCGACCACAUCUUCUACACGGGAAGCGGCGCCGUGGGAAAGCUGAUCAUGGCGGCGGCCGCCCAGCACCUGACGCCGGUCACGCUGGAGUUGGGCGGGAAAAGCCCGUGCUACAUCGACAGCGACUGCGACAUCGCCGUCGCCUGCAGACGCGUGGCGUGGGGCAAGUUCACCAACUGCGGCCAGACCUGCAUCGCGCCCGACUACGUCCUGUGCCAGCCGGCCGCGCAGCAGCGCCUCAUCCAGGAGCUCCACAAAGCCAUCAAGGAGUUCUACACGGACGACCCCAAGACGUGCCCGGACUACGGCCGCAUCAUCAACCGGCGCCACUUCAGGAGGAUCGUGUCCAUGAUGGAGGACAGCACCGUCGCCGUGGGCGGAGACAACGACGAGGAAGACUGUUUCAUAGCUCCCACGGUGCUGCGGGACGUCAAGCCCGACGCCAAGGUGAUGCAGGAGGAGAUCUUCGGACCUCUGCUGCCCAUCGUGACCGUGGACGGCCUGGACGAAGCCAUCCGCUUCAUCAACCGGGGCGAGAAACCUCUGGCCCUCUACGUCUUUUCCCAUGACGCCAAGGUCAUCCAGAAAAUGAGGGAGGAGACGUCCAGCGGAGGACUUUUGGCCAACGACUGCCUGGUGCACUACUCGGUCAACUCGCUGCCUUUCGGGGGCGUUGGGAACAGCGGCAUGGGCUGCUACCACGGCAAGCACACCUUCGACCGGCUGAGUCACCUGCGAGCAUGCCUCAUCAAGACGCUGAAGAUGGAGGGCAUGAACAACAUGCGCUACCCUCCGCACACGGCCGGCAAGCUGGGCUGGGCGCGCUUCUUCGUGCUCAAGAACUUGAACUUGGGCUGGAUCGGGCGCCUGCUGCUGCUCGCCGCCGUCGCCGUGCUGGCCGCCGUCGUCAUCCAGAAGUACCAGCUGCUGCGCCAGCUCGACCGCUGAAGAGCGCCCGCGGCGCGCAUCCACACGGCAUUUGCGCACCCGACGCAAAACGGACCGAUCCGGAACAUUUCACCGUCGCGAUGUCAUUUUGAUUUGCUUUCCGACAACUCGACCCGUUGACCGUGUAAGGAAACGGAAGGACCCCCCCGGCCCCUUUUUUAAAAGACGUUUUUAUGCCGGCUCGCGAGUCCGUCGCAUUUCACGACCGAGCGUCGCUUUCUUCUUUGUCCUCCUCUAUUUCAGAAUCACCUCAUGCAUGCGCGCAACCCGCACGGGUAGGCUUUGCGUUUGCAUCGUCAAUGACAAAUUAGCGAUUCAUCUGCAUAUUCAUCGAUUUCAGGAUGACCGUUGGAAUAAACGCAUUCCCCCCCUGGC